AUGCACCCUUUACUCGGUGUUCCAGAACGUCAAUUGGCUUGCGCAGAGUAUAUCCAAGCUCUUGAAGAAUGUCAUGCCAGGGGAUGGAUAAGAUACUUAGGAGCAUGUAAUUCUCAAAGAAGAGAAUUAGUUUUAUGUCUUCGUAAAGAGCGCCUGAAUCGGACGGCUCGGAAUCGAGAAGAAGCCAAAGUUCGGACAGCUAAGAAGAAAGAAGUCUGGGCAGCGUUGGAGCGGGAGGGAUGA